ACGUUAAAGUGAAACGAAGGGAAGUAACUCUUAGAACAGAAUGCUGUUGACAUAUUGGUGUUUAAGACGUAGACCUGUAAAAGGUCCUUACAGCUCGAAGUGUACUUGACUCUAUCCCGGGAAAAUGGCAUCAAGCAAACUGAGCCUCGAUGACUACAUAGGAUCAAAAGAAGAGACAAUCGCUAAGCGAUAUUUGAAAAUGAUUACCACUGAAAAUGAUUUUCCCCCUCAUGGAACGUGUGGAUUCUACAAUUUAACUAUAAAAACUAGUAAUGCUGACCAGGGAACAUGUUUCACUGAUGCCAUGAUUAAUCUUCAACUAAUCGAUGAUUGUCGUACGGCAGUCCGUCAACAUUAUGAAUAUGGAUUUCCAAAAUGUGCGCUGGUUUUCAUGAAAGACCUAGUGAAUGUAUCUAUCCUUAAAGCAUUUGUAGCUGAUGGCGUAAAAGCAAUUGAGAAAUACACUGACUCUCGGCAAGCUUUCUUGGCGUUGUUGAAAUUCCUUUAUGAUAAAGGAAGACAUGAACAGUCAAUUAAGAAACUUAUUAAUUCUACAGCUGGAAAUAAAAAGACAAAUAUAAUGGAUGCAUUGGCCCAUCACCUCUUUUCCCAGUUGAUACCAGACAAGAAGUAUGGGGUUGAUAAAUAUGCAAAAAAUUUUCCCAGAGAGUGUGGCUGUGGCUGUCAGGCACGGAUUUGUGAAGGAAACACGUCAAUGGGGUCCCAGGACACAUGGCAUGGCAGAGUAGAUAUCCUACUAAACCGCACCAUUGCUGUAGCAGUUAGGGAAGAAGACAGCAAUGUUGAAAAGGAUAAAGACGAUGACACAGAUGAAGAUGGCGAUAUAGAUGAAGAUGGUGAUACAGAUAAAGAUGGUGAUAUAGAUGAAGAUGGUGAUAUAGAUAAAGAUGGUGAUAUAGAUGAAGAUGGUGAUAUAGAUGAAGACGAUGACACAGAUGAAGAUGGUGAUACUGAUAAAGGUGAACCUCCACAUAAACAGAGAAAAGUUGGUAAAUGCGAAUCCUGUGUUGAAGAUGAAGUGACUAAGAAAUAUGGAAGUGUUCUCUUGGAUCAAAAAGUUUUGAAUGAAAUCUUGGCUGAAUCUAUUACAAAUGGAUUUGCUCAAGUUAACAUGAACAAGGGUACUCUAUCAGACUUCUUUAUUCCAACUUUUGGAGCCACGUCUCAUCAUGUUUCAAUAUGUCUGUAUGACUCGGUAAACGACUAUUUACUACACACGAAGAAUGAACUUCCGUUAUGGUGUCCAGGUGAUGAGAUGUUAGGUCAGCUAGAUACCACUACCAUAGUUGUCAUUUGGCUUUUCUUAAAUUUUACUUUAUUUACAAGGAACAAACUGCAUGCUUCGUUAGAUCUUGACAAGUCAGGAUUACAUGUACAAUUAAAGGAACAACUGCAGUAUUACCGAGGAGCAGAAACAGGAGGAUCUCCUGUAUCACAAACCUCUGUCCCGUGGCUCUGGAAGUACGUACAACCCUCACCCAUAUUGUGCAAAGAGUAAUCAGAAAAAUCCUUUGUACAGGUACUUUUGAAUAUAAUGAUGUGGUGAAACCUAAA